CCCGUGCCCUGCCUUGCCCCGCCCCGCCGACAUGGCGCCGCCGGCCGUGCUCUGCCUCUUCGACGUGGACGGCACCCUCACCGCCCCGCGGCAGAGGAUCACGGCGGAGAUGGCCGCCUUCCUGCAGCAGCUGCGGCGGAAGGUGCGGGUGGGCGUCGUGGGCGGCUCCGACUUCGCCAAGAUGCAGGAGCAGCUGGGGGAUGACGUGGUUGAAAAAUUCGACUACGUUUUUCCAGAAAACGGUCUUGUAGCAUAUAAAGAUGGUAAAUUCUUGGGCAAGCAGAGCAUUCAGGGUCACCUGGGCGAGGACAUACUUCAGGAUCUAAUCAACUACUGCCUGAGUUAUAUUGCAAAGAUCAAACUGCCAAAGAAAAGGGGCACUUUUAUUGAGUUCCGAAAUGGGAUGUUAAAUGUGUCGCCCAUUGGAAGAAGCUGCAGCCAGGAAGAACGAGUUGAGUUCUAUGAACUUGAUAAAAAGGAACAUAUAAGAGAGAAAUUUGUAGCUGAUUUACAAAGAGAAUUUGCUGGAAAAGGCCUCACAUUUUCUAUAGGAGGCCAGAUAAGCUUCGAUGUGUUCCCAGAUGGUUGGGAUAAGCGGUACUGCUUAGGAAUCGUUGCCAAUGAUGGAUUCAAGACUAUUUAUUUCUUUGGAGAUAAGACUAUGCCAGGAGGGAAUGACUAUGAAAUUUUCACAGACUCCAGAACAGAAGGCCACAGCGUCACUUCCCCAGAGGAUACAAGAAGAAUCUGUGAAGAGCUAUUUUUUAAAUAGGAGACUUUUAGAAUUCACACUUACAAAACGGUUAAGACAGUUCAGGAACUCAAAACCUCUUCCUUCAUCCUGUAUUUUUUUUUCAUAUUUGGUCAGUCAUUACAGAAGGGAAGCUGAUAUUUAAAAGAUGAACAUUUUACAGGUUUUUUUAAAUACUACCUUUUGCUAUAAAGACAGGCAUUAUAAGACAGUUAGGAUUUCCUUGUUUAAAACUGGAAAAGGAGUGAGAGAGACAGGUUUUAUUUCUUUCUGGGGGCGGGAAGGUAGAACUGAGCCAGAAGUCCCUGACCUCACACGUGUUCCAGUGCAUGGUCACGAGGUGCAUUGAGUCUACCACCACCACCGGAAAGGCUGGACCAACUGGUGCUAAAGUGACCUCCUCAGUACAGUUGUGCCAAUGCACAGUACGGUUCAUGGUACCUACACUUUUUGCAGACUGUUUUUAAAUCUAAAAAAUAAAAAAAUUAUUAAAAAAUAAUGAAAACAACUUGAGCAUAGUAGCAAAAUGUAUUUCUGUCACUAAUUACACUUUUGAUUUUCCUGGUAAGACAUUAACGGUAGAUGAGAUUUCAGCACUAAGAAAAAUGACCUAAACUAUGUUUCUGUUAAAAUUCAAGUUGAAACAUGACAAUCAGCGUAACUGUUAAUAUUACUUUUCUGGCAUUGGGAAAGUAAUAUCGUGUAUGAAAAGUUUAAUUUAGUAAAGGAGAAUAAAAUCGCAUUUUAUCAUGAAAAAUUACUCUUUUGGUUUUAUUGGCAAUUAAAAUAUGUAAAGCAGACCUGUUGUAUGUUGCCUGUCUGUACAAAUAAAUUAUUUACUUGAAUCUUUCCCAUUCCAAGUUUAAGUGAUACUUAGUAAAAAAGAGGAGAAUACAGUCUUUGUGUACAAACCAAAAUCCCCCAAAAGGGCUUCCAAAAAAGGAGGAGCUGUGAUGGCCUCAUGCAUCAGAACUAUCUAGUCUGCUAAAACCCUUCUCAUGUGCCUAAUUCAUUUUAACGGGAACAGACUUUGGACCAGAACCAUCCAGUAGUGCAGGAACUCUUUAAAGAUGGCCAGAUGUUAAUAGCUACCGCUUUGUGUGCAGAUACCUGAUGUAUCUGAUUACUUGGUUACUUCGCUGCCAUGAGUGUUUCCUGCAUUUGCAGAACGUUACCGUUGCAAAACAUCCUGUGCAGCAUCAAACCCAGAUUUGUUUCCAGCCUCAAAUACAACCCGCUGUGUGCACGUACCUGCUCGUGUUCAAAUCUUAAAAGCUUGCUAGUCAGUCUUGCACAGCCACUGCCAAUAGCUAAGGUUUAUCUUCUGCCUCUCAUGCCAACAGCUGAGAAGCAAACGUUCUCUCUGAGGGGAGAAAAAACAGAAAGCAAAGCAACCCACAGCACCUAGUUCCUUGCUUACAUCUUACUUUCUGUAGAGCGAGUUGGAAAAAGCGGGCAGGCACAAUCCUUCUGUGCUUGGGUCCCAUCCCCUGAAGCCUGGCUAAAGCUUUGCAUACUGGCUGCUCCGUCUCAGGAGCCCCUUCUGAAACGUUCUGUCCUUCCUGCCCCGAGUGUCACGUUAAAUGUGCAGGCUAUGCUGUCCCUCCCUGUUACCCCCUACUAUAUGCGAAUAUAAAUAGUAGCUAAUAUUAAAUAUUAUAUAAUGAAAAUCAAGGUAUUUACAGAAGUAGCAGUAUAUAUUAUGCACAAAUCCAUUAAGCAGCUAAAAAACUUGCUAAAUUACUCCCCAAUUGUUCUGGUAGUGACAGUCAGUUGAUAUUACAACACUUUUAAA